CAAUCGGCCCAUUUAGACCCUACAAGUAGCGUUUUGAGGGUUUUAGGGCAACCAAGCUCCCUAAGGUUUUCGGAGAAGAGGCUGAGAUGGAGAGCUCCGCGGAGUUGCAGCGGUUCCUCGAGGAAGAGAAGCAGAAAGCUAUGGUUAGUGAGAUGGUGGGGAAGAUCACAAAUGUGUGCUGGGACAAAUGCAUUACUGGGACUCCUGGCAGCAAGUUCAGCUCCAGUGAAUCCACAUGUCUCACCAAUUGUGCCCAGCGAUAUAUGGACAUGAGUAUUCUCAUCAUGAAACGUUUUCAGUCUAUGCAGUAAACCACCGUCCUUUUCACCUAUCAGUCUACCCAUUUAACAUUUCAUCUUAAUUACUUCGAGCCAUGUUCUUCUGGAUGACAACUUCCAUUUAGUUUAAUACUUGACAUUGGUUGCAUACACAUUUUUCUGCUCAUGUUCUUAUCUGAUUCUAUACAAUAGUAUGCAACAUCUAUCAGUAAUUAAAAUCACUUCAUUCAACUGAAAAUAAAACGGAGCAGAAAAUCAAUGUAUUUGCUAUUGUUGGAACAGAGAAUUAUAUCUGGGCAUCUUAUUGUUGUAAUACAUGGUGAAGAUCCAGACGGCUCAGAGCA